AACAAAAGCAUUCUAAAAUCGAACGCGACGCGAGGCAAACGUAUCUGCCAGAUACACUCCGCUCAGUUGUUGAGUUUCAGUUUGUUUAUGUGUUUUUACCCCACGACCAUUUGCGUGCGACGUUCGCCUUGGGGGCCCAGUUAGUUGAGCUGAGUUAUUUCCAAGUUUGCAUUAUUGUAAUUAGCCUGGCAGUCAGCUGCCUCGCCUCGAGUGUCCGCGCUACCGAAAUAAAACCUAGAAAAAGAUAAAAGUAAACCUAAAACGCAGAAUAAUUGCGCUGGAAGUGGAAAUGGAAAUGUGCGCGGCUAAAUGGCGCUAACGUAUAACGUAACGGCUAAAUAAUAGUAGAAAGUUUUUAUUGUUAUCUCUUCUUCUUCGGCUGGCGAAGCGCAGCUGCCAAAAACCAAAUAACCAAGGCAAAAGCCGUAGCUUCAAAUUUUGCGUGUGAACGAAAAAGAAAUCCACUUCUCGGCCUCAUCUUCAUAUCUCUCUCUCUCGAGUGAGUGUGUGUUUUUUUGCUUACCAAAUUGGCAAAGCAUUUCAGUCAAUAAACCGGGAUAAAAGAUCUACGUAAUCAGCGGAAUAAAAAUAAUAAUAAAGCACCAAAGAUGUCCGGUCCGAUGCCCGAAAUUACCGGGGAGCAGCGUGCGAUUCUGGAGAAGUUCCGCAAGCAGAUGGACGAUGCUCUGGUGGGCACGCACGAUGACUACUUCCUGGUGCGUUGGCUGCGAGCUCGUAAAUGGAACAUGGAUGCGGCGGAGAAAAUGCUGAGAGCUAGCCUGAAGACCCGCUCCAUGUGGAACGUGGACAACAUCGAGAAGUGGGAUCCUCCCAGGGCCCUGCAGGAAUACCUGCCCUACGGGCUCAUGGGCUACGACAAGGAGGGAUCACCAGUGCUGGUCUGCCCCUUUGCCAACUUCGACAUGUGGGGCAUGAUGCACUGCGUCACGCGCUUUGAGUUCCAAAAGUACCUGGUGCUGCUGCUGGAGCGCUUCAUGAAGAUCGCCUACGACCAGAGCCAAAAGCACGGGUGGAAGGCCCGCCAGCUGGUGGUGUUCUUCGACAUGGAGAACGUGAACCUGAAGCAGUACGCCUGGCGACCGGCGGCCGAGUGCGUGAUCUCCACGGUGAAGCAGUACGAGGCCAACUUCCCGGAGCUGCUCAAGAUGUGCUACAUCAUCAACGCGCCGAAGCUCUUCUCGGUGGCCUUUAACAUUGUGAAGAAGUUCCUCGACGAGAACACCACCAGCAAGAUCGUCAUCUACAAGUCCGGCGUGGACCGCUGGCAGCAGCAGCUCUUCUCCCACGUGGACCGCAAGGCGUUCCCCAAGGCCUGGGGCGGCGAGAUGGUAGACAGGAACGGAGACCCCCAGUGCAAGGCCCUGAUGGUCUGGGGCGGCAAGCUACCGGAGGAACUGUACAUCGACCAGAGCAGCCAGCAGAGCGACAGGGACUUUGUGGAGACGCAGGUGCCCAAGGGCGACAAGCUCAAGCUGCACUUCAAGGUCAACCAGGAGGAGCAGAAGAUCCUCUCGUGGGAGUUCCGCACCAUCGACUACGACAUCAAGUUCGGCAUCUAUAGUGUGGACGAGCAGACUGGCGAGAAGCGCAGCGAGGUGCACCUGGGCACGGUAUACUCCAACGAGAUGGACGAGAUCGGCUACAUCUCCACGCGACCCAACACCACCUACACGGUGGUCUUUGACAACUCCGCCAGCUACAUGCGCAGCAAGAAGCUUCGCUACUGGGUGGACCUCAUCUCCGAAGAGGAGGAGGGCAUCUCCGAGCUGACCAGCCAAAUGGACAGCACCCAGAUAGCGGCCAAGCAGCAGUGAGCGGAGGCUCAAUCAGCAACUAUGCCAAAUACCAGUGGGAGUAGAUAGAUUAUUAGCUAGACAACAAGAACUAACCUCGGUGCAAUAUAGUCACAACGCAUUUGCUAGGCGUCCUCCUCCGGAGCACGGCGCAGCUGCAAUCGAACCAUGUGAUAGAAACAAAUUAGUAUGACUCACACAGUUACAGUUAAAUCUAAAGUUACGUCUCUUUAUUACUUUGCCGCACUGUUUACUUAACAAUCUCUAAUCGUGGAUGUGUAAUUAUUUCAGGGAGUACGGCACAAUAAAAUGUAUAUAUGUAGCACCUGA